AUACGAAUCACAGUUGUCACGUUGUUUUCUCCUUUCUUCUUCCUCUGCUUCUCGUCACAGCGAGUGAAGUACCUUGCCAUGCCAUCCCCUUCUUCCACCCUUCACAGCCGAGGUGCCGCUACUCUAUUCUUGUAACUUUCAUUGCCUACAAAAGCAGAGGAAAUGUGAUUGCUAAAGAAGGAGCUCUGUAUUGACUUUGCUCCAUAUGCUUUCUCUCCCUAGACUUGCAGCUAUUGGGUUUCUACACCUCAAAUUAUUAUCCGCUUACCAACUUAAACAAACGCAUGCCCAGUUGAUUGUCAAUGGUCUCAACUCACCCUCCCUUGCAGCUAAACUUAUCCGGCAAUACUGCACCUUAUUAGACCAACGGAACAACUACUGUAAUGCCCAUUUAGUAUUCGAGCACUUUGACAAGCCCAAUCUGUUUCUUUUUAACACUUUGAUAAGGUGCUCUCCACCACAAGAAUCCAUUGUUGUUUUUUCCAGACGGGCAUCAAGGGGGGACUUAGUGUUCGAUGAUUUUACCUACAUUUUUGUUCUUGGUGCUUGUGCUCGAUCACCUUCUGUGCCUACAUUAUGGGCAGGAAGACAAAUACAUGCCUGGAUAAUGAAAUGCGGUACUGUUUCGAAUACUAUGGUACAGACUACUUUAAUACAUUCUUAUGCCAGUAAUAAUGAUGUUGGCUCAGCUCGGAGGGUGUUUGAUGAAAUGUUUAACAGAAAUAGUGUUACUUGGAAUGCGAUGAUCACUGGGUACUGUUCACAAAGAGGAAGUGCUCAUGAUGCACUGGUUUUGUUUUGUGAUAUGUUGGAUGAUGUUUAUGGGGCAAGACCAACAGAUACUACUAUAGUUUGUGUUCUCUCAGCAGCUUCUCAGUUCGGUGUUCUGGAAACUGGUGCUUGUAUGCAUGGGUAUAUAGAGAAGACAAAUUGGGCUCCGGAGACUGAUGUGUUUAUUGGCACUGGUCUUAUCGACAUGUACUCAAAAUGUGGAUGUCUUGAUAGCGCUCUAUCCGUUUUUUCACAAAUGAAGGAGAAGAAUAUCUUAACAUGGACAGCAAUGGCAACUGGACUAGCCAUUCAUGGAAAGGGAAAAGAAGCACUAAAACUUUUGGAUUCAAUGGGGGCUUCUGGUUUAAAACCAAAUGCUGUGAGUUUCACUAGUUUGCUUCUAGCUUGUUGUCAUGCUGGGCUUGUUGAAGAAGGACUCUGUUUAUUUAGCAGCAUGAGCAAGUUUAAUGUCACCCCGCAGAUGCAACAUUAUGGUUGCAUUGUUGAUCUUCUUAGUCGGACUGGGCUCUUGAAAGAGGCUUAUGAGUUUAUAAUGGGAAUGCCUGUUGAACCUGAUGCUAUCUUGUGGAGGAGUUUGCUUAGUGCAAGCAGAAUUUAUGGGGAUGUUGCGAUGGGUGAGAAGAUUGGGAAGCUCCUUCUACAAGUACAUCCAGAGCAGAGUUCUUUGAGUGGAACUAGUGAAGACUAUGUAGCUUUGUCCAACAUUUAUGCUUCUGCAGGAAAGUGGGCGGGUGUGGAGACUGUAAGAGAGGAAAUGAAGGUCAAAGGGGUUGAAAAUAAAUCUGGCUUUAGUUCAAUUCAAACUACUAGCAUGCAGGCCCUUAAUAUGUAUUAAUGAGAAAAUUCUAAUUUGCAAAACUUUUCAUUUCUCAAAACAAGUCAUGAAAAGUGAACUUAAAUCUCAUUAUUGAGGAAUUACCAUUGCUAAUGACCAAAAAAAAAAAAAACAAGUUCCUUAUAGAAAAAAAAAAAAAAACGUUGGACUUGUUAGUGACCUUUGUAGAAAGUCACUAAUUAGCCAAGUGAACAUGAUGUAACUAUUGGUGAGUAGUAAUCAUUGAGAACUAUGAGAGUGAUUGUAGUUUGAUCCGAGGACCGGUUCGUUAUGCUAUUACUAACUACCAAAUUUUAAUUUUA